AUGCGCCGCCUGAUUGCGCAGCGCGAUGGAACUGAACAAACGCUGAUGGACCCGAAACUAAGAGACCUGCUCAACAAAGCUGGUUCAGCUUCUUUCAAACCCGAGAAGCCGGAUGGGAUGACAGAUUUCGAAUAUUUCAAGCUUUGUGGCCUCCUUACGACGAUUGAGAGCGAUGGAAUCGAAGACAAGGAGGAAUGGAACCUGAUUGACCAGUUUGUUCCAUUGUCAUUCGAUAAGCUUGAAGACUUGACUCAAACCGACAGCCUCAGUUCUAUGCUACGAACGUGGAAUCUCGCACAGGUACGAUAUUGUUGCCCUGCACAGGUCCUGGUAUGCACUGAGGAAGGGCGGCUCACUGACGGGGGCAAAAGGUUACGAGCGGAAGUGGACGAGAAGGCUGCCAGAGCCAUCAGGCGCCUCGGAAGUAUUCCGAUGCCGGACUUUCAAUCAGCUCUCUUCGACCGGUACUACUCGAGACGCUGA